UCACACACCCAACGAAAACGAGAGAGUGUCGAAAAGGUUGACCUCAUUACAUCACCACCAUAACCGGCCAUACCCGGUUGCACCGACACCCUUCUCCGGUCACCACUCCCCGUUUUAAAAUGCCACCACCUUCCCUCACUAACAACCUCUCUUUCUAUUUCUAAAUUUCCAAUCACAAAACAUAACCAGAGAAACAUUAUUAUCAUUGUGUUGUGUUGGAGUAGUAACGUUGCUAAUCCCGAGGAUUUUGUUUUUUUGUUUCUGCAACACUUUCCUAUCAUUUUAACGUACGUUUCACUUCACCUUCUUCCACUUCCCGUGUUAUUCCCUACUUUUGGUAGAGUAUUGUUGUUUUGAGUCUCUGGAAAACUAUACUCGAGAUUGUGUAUGCGCUUGCUGAGAUGAAAGUUAAUGAAGUGAAUGAUAAUCAUUCCGUUGAUUUGGAGAAAGAGCAAAAAGAAGGGAAUGGAGAAGUAUCUGACACUGACACAAUGAAGGAUUCAGUGUCAUCUCAAAGUGAUUCUUUCACAAAUGAAGAUGAGAAAGUAGAGAAAGCUUCGAAGGAUCUGAAGAGUAAGGUUAAAGGGAAUGGUUUAGAAAACAAUCGAGGAUCGAGGGAGAGAUCUGAUAGGAAAACAAAUAAACUGCAAUCGAAGGUGUCUGGUAGCAAUCAGAAGAAACCUAUAAACUCUAAUAAAGGGCCUUCGAGAGUCGCAAAUAAAAAUACAUCAACCAAUUCUAAGCCGGCAAAAGUUCCCGUUAAAGUUUCUUCAGUUUCUUCAGAAUCUUCUGAAGGAGUUGAUGAAAAACCUGUUAUAGAAGUCAAGGAAAUUGAUAUCUUGGAUGGAUCCUCCAAUGGUGCUCAUAGCGUAGGAAGUGAAGAUGAAGGUCGUGUUGAAACCGUUAAUGCUGAAGAAAACGGUGAACGUGAGGAUGCGGCGGCUAUGGAAUCGAAAAUUAAAGAAAUGGAAUCCCGAAUUGAAAAUCUUGAAGAGGAAUUGAGAGAAGUUGCUGCUCUUGAGGUGUCACUUUAUUCUAUUGUACCAGAGCAUGGAAGCUCGGCACACAAAGUGCACACACCUGCGCGACGGCUCUCUAGGCUCUAUAUACAUGCUUGCAAGCAUUGGACCCCGAAAAGGAAAGCCACGAUCGCCAAGAAUACUGUUUCUGGCCUUAUUUUGGUUGCUAAAUCUUGCGGUAAUGAUGUUUCAAGGUUAACUUUUUGGUUGUCAAACACCAUUGUGCUGAGAGAGAUAAUUUUACAGGCAUUUGGGAAUUCAUGUCAAGUUAGUCCCAUUAUGAGGUUAGCCGGUUCAAAUGGGUCUGCCAAGAGGAAUGAUGGGAAGUCUGCAUCACUGAAAUGGAAGGGUAUCCCAAAUGGUAAAUCGGGAAAUGGUUUUAUGCAGAUCGGUGAAGAUUGGCAAGAGACUGGAACGUUUACAUUUGCCUUAGAAAGAGUAGAAUCGUGGAUUUUUUCUCGUCUAGUAGAGUCAGUAUGGUGGCAGGCUUUGACUCCUCAUAUGCAAUCUUCGGUUGUGGACUCGUGUUCGAAUAAAUCCUUUGGGAGGCUGCUAGGGCCUGCCUUAGGUGAUCACAAUCAAGGAAACUUUUCCAUCAAUCUUUGGAGAAAUGCUUUCCAAGAUGCGUUUCAAAGACUAUGUCCUGUUCGAGCAGGAGGACACGAGUGUGGUUGUUUGCCCGUGAUGGCAAGAAUGGUCAUGGAACAGUGUGUAGAUAGACUAGAUGUUGCGAUGUUCAAUGCCAUUCUUCGGGAAUCAGCCCAUGAGAUUCCAACUGAUCCUAUAUCAGACCCAAUUGUGGAUUCCAAGGUUUUGCCAAUUCCAGCAGGAAACUUAAGCUUUGGAUCUGGUGCACAACUGAAAAAUUCUGUUGGCAAUUGGUCGAGAUUGCUCACCGAUAUGUUUGGCAUUGAUGCUGAAGAUUGUCUAGAAGAAUGUCAGGAGAACGGUGAGAACGACGAAAGACAAGGCGGAGACGGUGAACGUAAAUCAUUUGCACUCCUUAACGAUUUGAGUGACCUUCUAAUGCUCCCAAAAGACAUGCUUAUAGAAAAACAAGUUAGACAAGAGGUUUGUCCAUCCAUCAGUCUUUCAUUGAUCAUACGCGUCCUUUGUAACUUCACUCCGGACGAGUUCUGUCCGGACCCGGUUCCAGGAACUGUCUUGGAGGCCUUGAAUGGAGAGACUUUUGUGGAGCGAAGAUUGUCGGCAGAAUCCAUUAGAAGCUUCCCUUAUGCUGCGGCUCCAGUUGCGUAUACACCUCCCUCUUCAGCCAAUGUGGCGGAGAAAGUUGCAGAGGCAGGAGGAAAGUCUCACCUGACGAGGAAUGUAUCGGUUGUCCAGAGGAGAGGAUAUACAAGUGAUGAAGAACUCGAGGAACUUGAAUCGCCGAUCACGGCUAUCAUUGAUAAGGUUCCUUCAUCUCCAACAGUUAAUACUAAUGGAAAUGGUAAUCACAAAGAGCAAGGGAAUCACACUACAACAAAUGCUAGAUAUCAACUACUUCGUGAGGUUUGGUCCUUGUGAUCUGAACCUUGUGAAAUGAAUUCCACAUGUAUAAUACUCUUUACCAAAGAAAAAAAUGAAUUUGUCAAAGGAUUUAGGUGCAGUGAAUUGUGAUUUGAGAAGGAAAAAAAAAAAGAAUAAAGAUAUUCGAUAUGUAUGGGGCAAUUUAAGCUUCAUUUUUUUUUUUGGUGUGUGUAUAUAUAGAUAUAAGACUUUGAAAAUGAUCGAUAUAUUUGGUCUAUAUAAA